AUGGCGAAAACCGUCCUAGUUCUCGGUGCCACCGGCACACAAGGCGGAUCUAUUGCAAAGCUGCUCCUACAGCAUCCCGAACAGUACGUUGUCCAUUGCCUGACUCGUAACACGGACUCGGACAAAGCGAAGGCGCUUGCCGCUCAGGGAGGGGUCCUGGUCAAGGCCGACUUAACGGUUCCCUCUACCUUGGCAGACGCUUUCCAGGGUAUUUGGGGGGUCUUUGCGGUCACAGACUUCUACGACACGACAGUUCUUGAUGACCCAAUGAGCGAGGAGAAGCAAGGGCAGCACAUCGUGGAAGCUGCGUCCAAGGCUGGAGUGGAGUGCUUCUUAUGGAGUACGCUGCCAAGCUCCAGAGAGAUUUCUGGAGGGAAAUUCAUGACGCGACUAUACGAGGGUACUGAGGCUCUUGAUCCCAUUUGUGCAACACAUGCUGAUUUGCAGACGAUAGGCAAGCAAUCCGUUGAUGCAGUGAUCCGCUCGGCUGGCCUCAAGGGUUGCUUCAUCCGCACGGGCAACUUCUAUGAAAACAUGAUCCUUCGCAGAUACGCUGCCUAUGACAGGGAAAGCGAUACUAUCACUAUGACACGCCCCAUCAUUGGGCCAGAUGCUGAACUGACCACACUUUAUGUCGAGAAAGAUCUAUCAGCGGUCUGCAAAGCCAUAUUUGAUCAAUGGGAAACGAAGAAGAGCAGCUUAGACGGGAAGUAUUUCUUGGCUUGCGGGGCUCGUGAGACCAUGCGAGACAUCAAUGCAGUCAUUGAAAAAGUGUCAGGAAAGAAGGUCGUGUACAGGGUCAAGCCGACCUGUGGGAUCGCCGACCGCGACAUCAUGCUCCAGCUCUACAACGAUGUGGGAAUGUAUCCCGGCGUCAAGAUUCCGUCUCCAGAAGUUGCAGAACUUGCAGUCAAGCUACAUACAGCCGAGGACUAUGUGCGAGAGAGACUCCUUCCUCAUCUUGGACUGGAAGCGAUUGGUAGUUAG